AUGUCUGAUGUAAGCCCCAUGCGCAUUGAUGGGAGCACCACUGGCCAUGGUGAUAGUGGUGGAAAUGCAACAGCUGAUACGUCAUCACAAGGGAACCAAGGCCUUACUACUCCAUGCCCACCCAAUGUGAGUACUACUGCUGAAGCUGCUACUAAGGGUAGAAAAAGAUCUUGGGUUUGGGAACAUUUUACUAUGGUUGGAAGUGGAGAUUCUAAAAAAGCAAGAGCGGCUUGUAAGUAUUGUGGGACUGAUUAUGCAGCUACUAGCGCAAAUGGGACAAAAAACUUGAUUGCACACAUUUUAAAGCAAUGCAAGAAAUACCCAAAUAGCAUAGGUAAGAGCCAAAGCACCCUAGCAUUUGAAUUUACUACUAAUGGAGGUAGUGGUGAUCUUUUUGCGGUACCUUUUAGUGUUGAGGAUUGUAGGCGAGCAUUAGUUGAGAUGGUGAUCCUAGAUGAGCUUCCAUUUAGGAUUGUGGAGGGUGAAGAAGAAGCUGGGGAAAGCUCUUAG